UCUCGUGACUGUUCCUCUUCAAAGUGGAAGUGAAAGUCUGUGAGCUCAAAAACAGACUUCAUUUUGAGAGAAGAACGGAGCAGAAAGAGGAGAGGACGAGGAGACAGGGUGAGUGAUUACUCUGUUUUUGUUUUAAUGUCAAACUCUUUAUGAACCGUUAAUGAAAAAUGAUUUACUGACUAAUACACUUAAAAACUGCAAAACAAAGAAACCUGAGCAGACAAAGAGCUGGAUCAGUUCUUCAUACAGGAAACUGUCUACGUGCAGUUCUUCUUCCUCUUUGUCUCGACUUGUCUUUUUAGUAAAAACAAGAAUGAGUUUCUUUUUAUUUUAGCCUCUCAUUUGAAAUUUAAUUCAGUCCUGCUUUUUUAUGAGACUUCAGGGACCUCACAGCUGUUGAUGUUUUGACCUGGAAUCAGACAAGGAUCAGAGAGAGGCCCUGCAGGGUGGAGAGACAGAAACAGAUCAAACCCUGUAUAAGUCUAAUAGAGGGGUAUUUUUUCAGACUCUAUACUUCCUUUCUGAUUCCUUUUUAAUGUUUUUACAUGGUUUUCAGUUUAAAAAAGCCUCCUGUUUCUCACUCUAAUGUAUUAAAAUAUCAUGAUUUCAGCUUCCUCCUCAAACGCUUCAUAUUAGCUGCACCUCCUGUCCACGAGCCUACUUUGAUUUCUGAACUCUCUCUUCCUGUUUGUAUCUCACCUGUUUGUCUACUUUGUCCUCAGGUUGUAUUACUUGGUUUCAUCUUCCAUAAAGUUUCACAACAUCAGAUGGCGAAGAUGAGUGACUGUGUCGAGGAAGAGGAGUACAGAGCAAAGUCUGUUAUGUCAGACUGUCUGUCUAUGAAGAGUGACCAGUCUAAAGAUGAUCCUCUAAACUUUAGUAAAGAACCAGGACCUUCAGAGGAGGGCAGAGCAAAGUCUGUUAUGUCCGAUUGUCUGUCCAUGAAGAGUGACCAGUCUAAAGAUGAUCCUCUAAACUUCAGUAAAGAACCAGGACCCUCAGAGGAGGGCAGAGCAAAGUCUGUUAUGUCCGACUUGUAUGUCCAUGAAGAGUGACCAGUCUAAAGAUCUUCCACUGGUCUUCAGUAAAGAACCAGGACCCUCAAAUGCACAGUAAGAGAAAUACUUUUCAACUACCAAACUCUCAAAUAACAAUAACUGAUGUUUCAAACACAAAACUUUCAAUUCUGACCCCUCUGUUUUCUACCAUGGUGAGAAAAAUGAUCUCCUCUGCUCUCAAAACGCUGAUUUUCCUCUUCAACCUGCCAACCUGGAGAAAGUAAAGAAAAAGUUACUGAGCACAGAUUUACUUAUUAUUCUUAAUGUUUGUAAAAAUGAAGGGGGUUUAAAACAGCAUUUUAAAAGGAUUCUGACCUCUGUAUUUUCUGAUCUGGUUCCUGUGUUUGGGACGUUGUGAGCCUGUAAGUCUUUGGACUGUGGUGAAAAGACCCCAGAAAACAGUCUGUGGGUCACAAAAUACCAGAAGACCAAUAAAGAAAUAAAUCCUGAGAAAUGGAAACUAAUUCAGAGCAUCUGACUGUUAUUAGACCUUUAGAUCUGAUGGUUAAAAAAAUGUAGUAAAACUGUCAGAGAAAAUCUCUCUACCUUAAAAAAAACAACAAAAAUCACAGUUUAGUUUUUUCUCCUGUCUCCACACUUUGAGGCAGCAGCAGCUGAAUAUUUUACAGGAGAUUGUUUUAUGUGAGAGAAAAGAGUGACAUCAAAAACUUUGUUUUAAUAAAUUCUUCUUAUUCUGUAUCUUCCAAUCAUUAAAUGAUAAAGAAAAUAAAUGUCAUUUAUUUUCUCAGAGAGACACAGAGAUUUGACUCUGUGGAGGAGCAGCUGUCCAGAUAUCUCAGCUCUGAUGGAAGUAAGUCUAAGUUGAUCACAAAGAUGUUUUUGUGUUUAGCAGUUUGGUUCAUUUUAUUUUAUGUUUUUCUCUUUCAGAAGGUUGUGGUCUCCAGGAGGUUUCAGAUGAACAUAAGAUCAGUCUGAAGAGGAGAUGUGAACGUGUGAAUGAAGGAAGUGAUGAUGCAGGAAGUCAAACCCUCCUGAACAGGAUCUUCACUGAGCUCUACAUCACAGAGGGACUGAGUGAAGAGGUGAACACCCAACAUGAGGUGAGACAGCUGGAGAAAGCUUCAAAGAUGGAGACCCUCCAUGACACGCCCAUCAAGUGUCAUGAGAUCUUUAGAGUCUUACCUGACCAACAAAAGAAGCUCAUCAGGGUGGUUCUGACCUACGGCGUGGCUGGGGUUGGAAAAACCUUCUUAGUGCAGAAGUUCACUCUGGACUGGGCAGAGGGUUUGGAGAACCAAGACCUCCAUCUGGUGGUCCUGCUUUCAUUCAGGGAGCUGAACCUGAUCAGAGAUGAGCGCUACAGUCUUCUGAGUCUGCUCCAUGUUUUCCAUCCAACACUAGAGAAGGUCACAGCAGAGACGCUGGCUGUCUGUAAACUUCUGUUCAUCUUUGAUGGUCUGGAUGAAAGCAGACUGUCUCUGGAUUUCACAGACUCUGAGGUGGUGUCUGACGUCACACAGAAGUCUUCACUGAAUGUUCUGUUAACAAACCUCAUCGAGGGGAACCUGCUCCCCUCAGCUCUCAUCUGGAUAACUUCUCGACCUGCUGCAGCCAAUCAGAUCCCUCCUUCUUGUGUGGACAGGAUAACAGAAGUACGAGGCUUCACUGACGCCCAGAAGGAGGAGUACUUCAGGAAGAGGUUCAGUGAUGAGGAUCUGUCCAGAAGAAUCAUCUCACACAUCAAGUCCUCCAGGAGCCUCCACAUCAUGUGUCAGAUCCCGGUCUUCUGCUGGAUCACUGCGACAGUUCUGGAGGACAUGAUGAGGAGAAAGAAGAGAGGACAGCUGCCCAAGACCCUGACUGAGAUGUACUCACACUUCCUGCUGGUCCAGACUAAGAGGAAGAAGCAGAAGUAUGAAGGAGGACAUGAGACAAGUCCUCAGGAGCUGACUGAGGCUGACAGUGAAGUUCUCCUGAAGCUGGGGAGACUGGCUUUUAAACAUCUGGAGAAAGGAAACAUCAUGUUCUAUCAAGAAGACCUGAAGCGGUGUGGUCUGGAUGUCUCAGAGGCCUCGGUGUACUCAGGAGUUUGUACAGAGAUCUUCAGAAGAGAGAGUGUGAUCUUCCAGAAAACAGUUUACUGUUUCGUUCAUCUGAGCGUUCAGGAGUUUCUGGCUGCAGUCCACAUGAUCCACACUUACACAAACAGGAGCAAUUUCUCAACUCUGGACGACUUCCUGAAGAGAACCAUGGAGAAAUCCCUUGUCAGUAAAAAUGGCCACCUGGACCUUUUAGUUCGCUUCCUUCAUGGACUCUCUGUGGAGUCAAACCAGAGACUCUUAGGAGGUCUCCUGGGUCACACAGACAAAAGUCCAGAAAUGAUCCAAAGAGUCAUCUACAACCUGAAGGAGAUGAACAGUGAUCGUAUCUCUCCUGACAGAAGCAUCAACAUCUUCCACUGUCUGAUGGAGGUGAACGAUCUGUCAGUUCAUCAGGAGAUUCAAAGGUUCCUGAAGUCAGAGAACAGAUCGGAGAAGGAACUCUCAGAGAUCCACUGCUCUGCUCUGGCCUACAUGCUGCAGAUGUCAGAGGAGGUUCUGGAUGAGUUGGACUUUGAUGAGUUUAACACAUCAGACCAGGGACGACUGAGACUGAUCCCAGCUGUGAGGAACUGCAAAAAGGCUCGGUAAGUCUGGGUUUUAUUCAGAAUAGUGUAAAUGAUCCCUGUAGUUCUUCCAAUGUCCACGUUACUGAUGAUGUUCUUCUUCAAAUAGAAAUCGACUGAAACGUCAUGGAGGGGUUUCUUUAGCAAAAACAUGAUCCUGGUGUCUAAAGUCCUAUUAGCAUAGGAUGAGGUCUACCUGUGAACCCCUGAGAACUUGUCCUAAUCGUGGAGGACCUCUUUGUUUUGAAUCCAGUUAAAUUGACCGUGUCUGUAAUGAAUAAAGAAGAACUUUGAGGACAAAUCAAUGACCAUAUCUGAAGACACACAGAGGUCUUCUGAUGAUGGUAUCAGUCCAGAUCAACAUUUCAGUCAGUUGUGGUGAACUUGAGUUUGAAGAAGGUGGCUGCAGCUUUUUCCUGCUGGUUUUCAGGUUAGAAAUGAUGAAUCUGUUGUGAAUGAGGGUUAGGGCAUUUAUGGUGAGAAUAGAACUGGAUCAUUUUCUACACGGUGGCAGAACUGUCUCUGUACCACAAUGUUCAUCAUUCAAUAUUCAUAAGCAAUACAACAAUGAAAACUAACAUCAUUUUCCACCACUCAGUGGAGAUUAUAUGGUGGACUGUAUGAAUGAUGAGAACACAUGAGUUAUUUGGACAGCAGCUCCAUGUGUCUGAAAACACUGGUGGAAAUAGGAUUUUAAUGUCUCUCUCUCUCUCUUUCCCCUCAGUGCUGCAGGUUAGCACUGACACUCUGCCUCAUGUGGGAGAACAGAAUGACUAAAAUAAGUCAUGGAGUCAUUUGUCUUGAACAUCUGAACAGUUUUUUUUUUUUUUUUUUAAAGGCUUUCAAUCAAAUAUUGUUUGAUAUUUAUGUUGUUACAGAUUUUAUAACUGUGGACUCUCAGAAACUAACUGUGAAGUUGUGGCCUCAGCUCUGAAGUCCAACCCCUCCCAUCUGAGACAUCUGGACCUGGGCUCAAACAAAGUGCAGGAUUCAGGAGUGAAGCUUCUCUCUGCAGGACUGGAGAGUCCAAACUGCAGACUGGAGGCUCUGAUGUGAGACACCAUUUCCUUCUGAUCUAACAAUAAGAUGUGACAGUUACUGCCUUGGAUUUUUUUAAGGAAGUUUUUCCAUCAACUUUGAUCGAGCAGUCUGAAUUUGUUGUUGUAAAACUUCAACACAAGAAGAAAAAUCCAACAUUUCAGAGUUGAUUUGGAGUGGAACGAUGGAUGUAGAAAAGAAGCAGGAGAAAAUCAGUCCCACAAGUAUUACACAUGCUUGUAGAGGGCAGGAGCAGCACAGACUAAAGGCUGAUAUUGAACUGAUCCACAAUUAAUGUGAUCACUAAUGAAUGAAUGAAGUGUCAGAGAAAUGAUGAGCUGCAGUUUUCACUUCAGUUUGUUGAACAUUAACAUCAUCUUGUCCGGUUGGUCCAUAAAAACCUCCCUGAUCAAUGGUCUUUUGGUUUAUUUACAGGCAGUUUGGCAGUUGUUGACAGCAGAUGGACAGACCCCUGAAUAUACUUCUAACUAUUUUAAUCUGAAUUCAGAAAUACAAAAAAACCUUUUAGAUUUCCCACAUUAGUUUCUCAGGAUCUCAUUUAAGUUUUCUGUAUCUUGAAAAAUUCCUUGGGAUCUUCAAAAAGUUUAGAGAUGAUUUUAAAAAAAUUCCUCCAGAUCAACUCUGAAAAGUUCUUCUUCAGUGUCCUUCAGGGGCUCAAGAACAUUGAAUCAUUAAAAGCAGAAACAGUUUCUUCAGAGGUUAAAUACUUUUUUUCUUUUUCAGACUGUGGGGCUGCAGUUUGACAGAGAUCAGCUGUUCUUCUCUGGCCUCAGCUCUGAAGUCCAACCCCUCCCAUCUGAGACAUCUGGAUCUGGGUUACAAUGAGCUGCAGGAUUGGGGAGUGAAGCUGCUGUGUGACUUUCUGCAGAGUCCAAACUGUAAACUGGAGACUCUGAGGUAAGUUAAGUCUUUGUCAAGUUUUUUUUUAACCAAAUUUAAAUUUUCAUGGAAUUCUCUAAUAUUUCCAGAACUUUCUUCUUACUCACAUAAAUUCAUAGUUUUUCAGAAAAACAGACAGAGAAACACAGACAGAAAAACACAGAGAAAAACUGAGCCAAUCAGAGCAAAACUCAUUACCAUAAAUGUUAAUGAGCCAAAAUCAGUUAGUUUUCCUGUAAGGUUUUUUAGACAUACUAAAAUGGUUUGAAACAAACCAUCAAAUAACUUUUCAGCUAAAAUUAUGUUGCAAACAUGAUCAGAGGACAUCAAGGAUUAUGAAAAAAUGAUUGAAAUGGGUAUUAAAUUUUGAUGGCAGGUCCCCUUUAAAGCAAAGGGUCAUGGGAGUCAGACCAGCAACUGCUGCAACAAGGACUACACCUUCUGAACAGCUGGACCUCUAAUCCAAACCAGUGUUCCAUCACAUCUGAUGUCUUGUCUGUUAUUUUACAUGGAGGGUCAGAGCAGACCAGAUCAUGAGCUCUGACAGACUGGAUCUGGUCCAAAGGUCUCCUGUUGGAGUUCUCUGAGAUCGAUAUCUGAAACCUGAACAUGUGAAGUUUGAUUAUUAAUUAUUUUUAUCUACAUGAUCUAUCCUUUUUUCAGACUGUGGCGCUGCAGUUUGACGAAGAUCAGCUGUUCUUCUCUGGUCUCAGCUCUGAAGUCCAACCCCUUCCAUCUGAAACAUCUGAACCUGAGUGAAAACAAGCUGCAGGAUUCAGGAGUGGAGCUUCUGUGUGACUUUCUGCAGAGUCCAAACUGUAAACUGGAGACUCUGAUGGUCAGACUUUUUUCCUUCAUUCAAACAUUAUCAGGAUUUAUUUGUGAUGAUGACACUAAACUGCUGACUCAGGACUGAAAUACUGACCCAGACUGAACACCUUCAGUCCAGAGUUGAUUUUCUUCAUCAGUGGAUUAUUUGAUGGACUCCAGUUAGAUCACUGCUGAGCUCCAGUGAAUUAAAACCUGAACACAAGAAGAAAACUCUUUGUAGAGUUCACAGUGAGAAGCACAUUCAGACAGAAAACAGAAGCAGGGGGAGAUUUGUCAGACGAGAACCAUUCAAACUUUUGUUCAGGACAAGAUCAGGGAAUAGAAAAAACUCAGUUUAGUUUCUGACACUGAUGAAAGUCCAGCUCUGUUGCUUUGAUUUUUGAUUUUGUUUUUGAAUCAUUGUGUAAAAAUCUGAAUUUUAUGGUAUAUCUGCACUUUUUUGAGGCCUUGCUGUGUUUAGACUGAAAUAUUAACCUCUCAAAGACGUGAUAGUUUUGGUUCAGCAAAGUGAAAAUAUUCUGAACAUCUUCAUUCCCUUCGUUUCUGAAGUAGCUGACAUUUCCUGGAAAAUAUUGAGUUGUAUCUACGAUCAGUAUAAAAGUCUCUAAGUUUGUUUUCACUAUUUAAUGUGUAACAUUGAAUUCACUGUUUCAAACUUACUUCCUGUUUGGUUCAGCUCUUUGAAGCGUCACUUUUCUUUGAUUCAUACUUUCCAAACCUUUCCCCUGAACUCUACAGAUUUAAGACAUCAGAUUUCAAACUGGAUCAGUCUUUGUUUAAAAUCUCAUUAUUUCCUCUUUAUUUAGGUUGAGUUUCUGCAGUUUGACAGAGAUCAGCUGUUCUUCUCUGACCUCAGCUCUGAAGUCCAACCCCUCCUAUCUGAGACAUCUGGACCUGAGUGGAAACAAGCUGAAGGAUUCAGGAGUGAGGCUGCUGUGUCGCUUUCUGCAGAGUCCAAACUGUAAACUGAAGACUCUAGAGUGAGUCUUAUUUCCUCGAUUCAAACAUUAUCAUGGUUUGUUUGUGAUGAUGACACUUGACUGCUGACUCAGGACUGAAAAACUGACCCAGACUGAACACCUUCAGUCCAGAGUUGAUUUUCUUCAUCAGUAGAUUGAUGAUGAAAGAUGACUUUCACUGAUGAAAGUCCAGCUCUGUUACUUUGAAUUUAGUUUGUUUUUGAAUCAUUGUGUGAAAAUCUGAGUUUUAUGGUAUAUCUGCACUUUUUUGAGGCCUUGCUGUGUUUAGACUGAAAUAUUUACCUCUCAAAGACGUGAUAUUUUUGGUUCGGCAAAGUGAAAAUAUUCUGAACAUCCUUUAUUUCCCAUCCGUCCUUGAGUCGCUGACAUUUUCUGAAAAUAUUAAGCUGCGUCUACAAUCAGUAAAAAAGUCUCUGAGUUUUUUAUUUCACUAUUUAAUAUGUAACAUUGAAUUCACUGUUUCAAACUUACUUCCUGUUUGGUUCAGCUCUUUGAAGCGGCACUUUUCUCUGAUUCAUGAUUGUCUAAAAUCUCAUUAUUUAUUAAUUAUUAUUUUUAUUUAGUUUGAGGAGCUGCAGGUAGACAGAGAUCAGCUGUUCCUCUCUGGCCUCAGCUCUGAAGUCCAACCCCUCCCAUCUGAAUACUCUGGACCUGAGUGAAAACUGGCUGCAGGAUUCAGACAUGAAGCUGCAGUGUGAUCUUCAGAAGAGUCCAGACUACAGACUGGAGACUCUGGGGUCAGUAUAGAGUUGGAGUUAGUCUGUGCUGAUCUCCUGUUCCACUCCACACAGUAUCACAGCAGAUAUUCAGUAUUUCCUGCUGACUCUUCGACCCUCCCAGAGGAUUCUUUCUUUAGUGAAAUAAUUCUCUGCGAGUCUAGGAGUGUCAGUUAUGAAAAAAGUGUCCCCUGGUCUCUAUAUUUCAGAUCAAAUGUAGAAAUGAGACAUAAUGAAACAGAAAUGUUCAGUUUCUGCUCUGAAGUCCAGUUUAUAGUUCUCUGUAUUCAACACAGACUGUUCUUUAUACUUAUUUUCACAGCAGGUCUGUUACUUCAGCUUUAACACAUUUGACAGGAAUGAUUUCUUUAUUUUGAUGAUGUUGGUUUAUUUGUGAGGAAACCUGCUGCUUUACACCAUCACUUCAGGUCUGAGCAGGACUGAAACCUGCUGGUUUUUAAACUGGAUGUUCUUCAGUCCAGCUGAUGAAGUGGAGAGGUGGAGAGGACUCUGGGAGCUGCAGUUUGACCUGCUCUGAGAUCAGCUGAGGACCUGGGCUCUAGAUAUUUGAUAUUUUCCCUAAUAUUCUAGGAUCAAACAGUCUGAACAAGUUUGUUUUGUUGAUGGAAACAUGAUCAUAAAUUUACACUUUGAUUGAAUCACUUUUUUUGCCCGUGAUGCAGCGCCACCCAGUGGAAAUGUAAAGAAGUGGAGUUGAUUUAUUUCAGAUCAUAUUUCUGCAGGAGGAGUUGAUACCAUGUGUGACCAAAUAUAAACUGGAGGGAGACAGGAAGAGUAUUCUUUCACCUGUGCAUUUUUAGAUAUCCAUUUUCCUCUUAAUUUUCCGAAAUGAUUGACUUUUUUUUUUAGACAUUAUUUUCUUUCUCUUUACAUGUUUUUGUUCUCAUAUAACUUUUGUACUAAAAUCUUCGCACCAAAAUCUUCCUCCCAUUUUAAUUUCAGAUGGUCUAGGGAGGUGAGGCUGCAGAAGCAAUCGGUCGUAUAUAUGGUGUAGGAGCCAAAAUAUAUUUGUUGAAAGUAUGAUUUCUAAAAGGUACGUCACUUCCAGGGAUUGUCACUGAGGGGUGUGGUUUUGGGAUGCUUGGCGGGUUAUUUAAAUCUCACCGGUGUAGUCAGACAAUGGGUUGUGGUAAGCUCUGAUAAUUUUCUGUUGACCAUUUCACUCAUCCUGUUUUAACCUCAUUUUUAUCACAUCACCUUAUUAUUUGAAGGGAAAAGUUUUGGACCUGGUUCAGUGUGUUCUCUUUUCUUUUUGGAACAAUAAACCUCUUUUAACACUCAAACUGGACUAAUAAUUGAACGAGUCACAGAUGCAAGCGCACCUAAACCCUGGCGGCCUUUUGUUGAAGGAAAGCAGUCGCGACAUAUGGGAUAUAGAGUUUAGCUCGGAGGGGGUGCAAAAGGUCAAAAAUUAAGUAAUUGGCACUCAGUGU